CCCUCCGCUUCCCUCCCCCCGCCCCGCGCCGGGACCCCCGGCGCCCCUGUUUCGUCUGCUCGCCGGGUCCGGCCAUGGGCCCCGCCGCUCGCCCCGCGCUGAGGUCGCCCCCGCCGCCUCCUCCGCCGCCGCCGUCGCCACUGCUGCUGCUGCUGCCCCUGCUGCCGCUCUGGCUGGGCCUGGCGGGACCCGGGGCCGCGGCGGACGGCAGCGAGCCUGAGGCCGGGGCGGGGCGGGGCGGGGCCCGUGCCGUACGGGUGGACGUGAGGCUGCCGCGGCAGGACGCUCUGGUCCUGGAGGGCGUCAGGAUCGGCCCCGAGGCCGACCCGGCACCCGCGCUGGGCGGCCGCCUGCUGCUGAUGGACAUCGUGGAUGCUGAGCAGGAGGUGCCCGUAGAAGGCUGGAUUGCAGUGGCAUACGUGGGCAAGGAGCAGGCGGCCCAGUUCCACCAGGAGAGUCAGGGCAGCGGCCCGCAGGCCUAUCCCAAGGCCCUGGUCCAGCAGAUGCGGAGGGCACUCUUCCUGGGAGCCUCUGCCCUGCUCCUCCUCAUCUUGAACCAUAACGUGGUCCGAGAGCUAGACAUAUCGCAGCUUCUGCUCAGGCCAGUGAUUGUCCUCCAUUACUCUUCCAAUGUCACCAAGCUGUUGGAAGCACUGCUGCAAGCCCUUCUCUCUGGCCCCUCUGUGGCUUUUCGUCCCAGGAGGACUCAGGCCACAGCCGAGAUCACCAGCGGAGAGUCGCUGUCAGCCAACAUCGAGUGGAAGCUGACCCUGUGGACCACCUGUGGCCUCUCCAAGGAUGGCUACGGAGGAUGGCAGGACUUGGUGUGCCUGGGAGGCAGUCGGGCCCAGGAGCAGAAGCCCCUGCAGCAGCUGUGGAACGCCAUCCUGCUGGUGGCCAUGCUCCUGUGCACAGGCCUCGUGGUCCAGGCCCAGCGGCAGGCGUCAAGGCAGAGCCAGCGGGAACCUGGAGGCCAGGUAGAUCUGCUCAAGCUCCGCGUGGUGCGGAGACUGGCAUCCCUCAAGACCCGGCGCUGCCGUCUGGGCAGGGCAACCCAGGGCCCCCCAGAACCUGGUGCUGAGACCUGCGCCGUGUGUUUGGACUACUUCUGCAACAAGCAGUGGCUCCGGGUGCUGCCCUGUAAGCAUGAGUUUCACCGAGACUGUGUGGACCCCUGGCUGAUGCUCCAGCAGACUUGCCCGCUAUGCAAAUUCAAUGUCCUGGGUAAGCACCAGCGGUGGGGGCCCUUGGCUGGCUUUACCUGCUCCCCACCUGACACCUCCCUCCCUGUCUUUCCCUCCUCCCCUGCAGGGAACCGCUACUCAGACGAUUAGCUGCCCCUGCUGGGUCUCUGCAUGUGGGCAAAGGACCCUCCCGCCUGCACCCUGGCCCUUGGCCUGGGCUCCUGGAACAGUACAGUGGAUGGACAGGAAGCCCUGCUGGUGGAGGAAGGAUAGGGGCCUCCCCUGCUGAGGGACAAGGCACCCCAUUAUAUUCAUACUGGGAAGAAGGGACCACGACCCCCAGAGUCUGGACCUGCCAGUCAAGAAAGAGAAGCCACCUUGGGGCCCUUCUCUACCAUCCUGGGGUGUCUGUGUCUGCCCUCCUCGAAGGCAGCUCCCAGGACCCUGGGCAGCGGCCUGGGGAAGGAGGGUGUGGGGCAGUGCAGCUGUUCCCAGGGCUCUGGCGGUUCUCUGACCUGUCAGGCCAUCCCUGGGGACUGAGGCUGCAGUGGCUGGCCGGGUUUUGUGCUUAUUUAUUGGGGGUUGGUUGUGGGAGGAGCUAUUUGGCCUUGGGGACAUCCGGCCUGACCGUCUUUCAGGACACAUCUUGGUCAAGGCUGUGGCGUUCAACCCAGAGGCCCCUCCACAGAUACUGCCCUCAGCUCUUGGACACUAGGAGCUGCAAGUGCUCCUGCCUGUUCAGCUGGGCUCCCUUCCCAGGCCUGGCUGGGACCAGAGGCCUUGAAGGCAUCCAAUCCUGUGCUUCUUGGCUGGGCUACAGGUUGCUGACCAGGAUACUUGAAGCUGCAGGAUAAAUGUGGUGCAUCCUUUAGGGACAGCCGGUUUUUUUAGAUUUGGGGUAGGGGAGGUUUAAUAUUGAAGUAAAUAUGGAUAUAUUUUAACAUAA